GGCAAAUAUUUACAUAAAUCGUGAGAUUACGUGUCGUAAAAAGGAUAUUAGAGUUAAAAACAAGGAACAAAUAAACAGCACGAGUGUGUCAACUAUAUGCCUAUAUCAUUUCGGACUAUCUGUUCUGGCUGAAGGAGCUGAAAGCAAAACAGAGAAAGUAUUGGUUUAGCUGACAAAUGUGUCAUAUGGUUGAUUAUUACUGUGCAGUUUGCUGAAGGCUUAUCUUUUACUCUGUCAGCAUCGCGAGUAAAAUUAGAAACUACAGGAACGUUGAAAAUGGCAUGUAAUGUUACCGAAAGAGAUGCAUCUUUGAUAUACAACAUUCAAAUACGGAGAGAAACCGAUCCAGGAUCAAAGUACACAUGGGAAACCAUCGCAGAAAUUGACGCAGGUGUGACCGAAGUUCCAGUUUUAGAUAGAGACAUUGUAAAUGACAAAGGCUUUGUUUUACGAGGUGUAAUUGAUAAAGAUACUCCAAUUAACACGUAUUUAACAUUAGAUAUGAAUAAAGAUAAACUGACAUAUAGUGACGCCAGAGACUACAGAUGUGAGCUUACCUACAAAAGUAACAUAACUGACAGCGUUGUCUCUGUUGAAAGAAAUGCCACUCUUUCAAUUUUAUCUGAAGGCUUAUCUUUUACUCUGUCAGCAUCGCGAGUAAAAGUAGGAACUACAGGAACGUUGAAAAUGGCAUGUAAUGUUACCGAAUUAGAUGCAUCUUUGAUAUACAACAUUCAAAUACGGAGAGAAACCGAUCCAGGAUCAAAGUACACAUGGGAAACCAUCGCAGAAAUUGAAGCAGGUGUGACCGAAGUUCCAGUUUUAGAUAGAGACAUUGUAAAUGACAAAGGCUUUGUUUUACGAGGUGUAAUUGAUAAAGAUACUCCAAUUAACACGUAUUUAACAUUAGAUAUGAAUAAAGAUAAACUGACAUAUAGUGACGCCAGAGACUACAGAUGUGAGCUUACCUACAAAAGUAACAUAACUGGCAGCGUUGCCUAUGUUAUAAGAAAUGCCAGCCUUUCAAUUGUAUCUGACGAUGACCACGACAAAAUGCAGCCGGACACAAGGGGUAGCUUGGCGUAUGAUUACAAAACCAAAUUAGUGAUUGUUACUGUUAGUCUAGGAGUGACAAUUAUGAUCGUAGCGAUAGGGUAUGCAAGGUACAGGACAAGAGCAGGAGGAUCAAUUGAUGAAUGUCUACACCUGGACCCGUCAUCACACCCUACAAACGACUGUACUACCCCUCUUCCUCUUGCGAGUGAUCAAAACAAUGAACUGACAGCUAAAAGUUGAAAAACAGCAAUUUAAAGUGACUGAUUUGCUUUGAAG